AUGACGUCACGACGGUGAUAUAAAGCGCGGGGCCGGCUCGUGCACGUUCGUUCACUCGCACCAUGGCUGAGCUUCAGUCACUCCGCAUGUCUGUGGGCGUGCUGGGCAUCUCUGGGGGUUCUCUCCUGCUCUCGGUGAAUGGCUAUGGCAGCUCUUCUUCUGAAGAUCUCAUCCCCCUCACUGCACUGGGGAUUCAGCUCCUCAUCAUUGCCGUCCUCUUAGCUUAUGCAGGUGUACGUCGCAGUCUGUCGCACGGCCAUCUCUUUUCCACUCUCUGUCUCAGCGUCUCCGCCCUGUGGGGUGGCUCUGGGCUGAUUUACAUUGUGGCAGGGCAGACGAUGGCACAUCGUGCAGACCUUCAAGCCUCUCUGGUCCCUGGGCUGGCAGCGUUUACUUUGACCCUGCUGUUCAUUGGCAUUGUAGCAGUCUUUCUGAAGAAAGUAGUCCUUUGUCUCAUGGCAGUCGGUAUCAGUUUAGCUUGUGCCCAUCAAAUUGCCAGUCUGUCUGAUUCAGGUUUUGGCCAGUCUGCAACAGCUGCUAACUAUUUCUUUGUGUGUCUGGUGGGUGCUUACUUUAGCUUUGGAUGCCUUUUGCCCACCAUCACUCAAGGUAAACUACAACUUCCUGGAUUUGAGCUGAAGAAAAAACCUGAACUGAAACCAACACACAACCAGGGGUGCAGUGAUGUAGCGUCAGUGAGUGUGGUGAUGAACUUGCUAGCUGCUUCUGUAUCAGCCUGGCCCUUAGUAGGCGUGGUCCCACAGCUGUCCUGUGGUUAUGCCAUCUGGCUGUUGUUGGCUGGAGUCUUCCAGCUUGGCAUGUGUGUCCUAUUCUACAGAGCCAUGGACCCACUGGCUGCAACUUUCUGUGGCUUUACAGCUACUUUGAAAUUUGCAGAGGGCUUCAGUGCUUUUAUGAAUUUGAAUUUAAUUAUGCCCGUUCCCUUCUUUGUUGUUUUUGCUGUGCUGUUCUUCAUCCUGGCUCUGUUUAGUUGUCAGAAGAGUUUGUUAGAGGGGAUAUACCAGUUAUUUUUUGCAGCCUACUGCAUUGCCAUAGCUUCCCAGCCCAAGCGGUUCUACGAAAGAGGGCCCCAGGGGGUACAGGUGGGUAUAUUUAUAGCAUCCGCAGGUAUGCUUUUGGUUACCACCUUCCACAUGGUCUCCACCACAGUAAUUCCUGUCGGACAAGGAUAUUUCAAGGCACUAGCAACCAAGAUGCGUGGUCUCACUCUGAGAGCUGAUGACAAAGACCUGCAUUCGCCAUACUUAGGUUACUCCAAGUAUGCAGAUGCUGAGGUGUUGGGUCACGCUUGCAGUGUCCUGGCUGCAUUUGCUAUCACGGCCACAACAAAUGAAGAGUCUCAGUUAGAGCUGGUUUUGCCCUGGGUGGUAAUUGUUGGUGCAAUCCAUGUGCUCUGUGGUUCAGUGGCUUUCGCUUGUGGUAAAACUUUUGAGAGCACAGCCUUUAUUCUGUAUGGGGUGAUGUGGAUAUUAUGGGUGGUGAUGUCAUAUUUAUUAUUUCUGUAUGGUGGUGAAACCAGAGGCUUCAGUUUGGCUGUGGGGAUCAUUAGCUUCAUAUUGCUUAACUGUUUAGUGGUAGCUGCAUCACUGUUUGUAAAUGUCGCCUGGUUUGCCUACUCCCUCACCUUCCAACUUAUCAUCAUUAACUUCUUGCUCAGUGCAAUAGGUGCACUGCCUUAUGGGUUCUGCAUCGCUGUCAGUAUCAUUUUUGGCCUGGUCAGUUUUUACUGUUUUCUGGCUCACAUAUUCAACAGCACUUUCCAGUCCCCCCAGAUCCCAUUGGGAAAACCUUUAAUUAAGAUGAGUGGGGUUGGAGGAGGCAGUAGUAUGUGUCCACAUGUACCUGCUUGCAAGGCCACCUCUGUCCAGCAGAUUGCAGAAAUCAUGAAGAAUGGUGGCAUAUGUGGAAUGCCCACUGAUACAGUCUAUGUGCUCGUGGCAGCUUGCAACAGGCCUGAUGCGGUUGUCAAAGCUUUCAAGGUGAAGAAGCAGGCACAGGACCGGCCCAUGUCCCUUUGGAUCUCCUCCAUCAAACAGCUGGAGCCAGUCCGACACCUGCUGAGUCCUCUGCUGCUGGACUUUAUGCAGACUGCAUGGCCCUCCUCCCUCAGCAUGGUUAUAGCUAGAGGCCCGUGGUUGGACAUCUUUGGUUUAGGAGAUGCAGCCAAACACAUUGGAACACCACAAAGCAUUGCUAUCAGAAUCCCAGACUGUUCUGUUGCAACACAUCUCAUUAAUCUGGUGGGACCCAUUGCUGUAACCUCUGCCAACCCCACAGGGGAGGCAGACACAACUCAUCACAACCAAGUUUAUGCAAAACUGGGUGACAAGGUGGAUGGUGUUCUGUGUGAUGGACCUUCUCCAGAGAACAUUGCAUCUACUGUGGUGGACUGCACCAAGAUUGAAACCGGACACAUUGGAUUCUUCAGAGUGGGCUUGAUUCCCAAAUCUAAGGUUCUCCAAAUCUUUGAGGAAGUUAAGACUCGGCACCAGCAGGGUAAAAUGAACCCUGCUUUUGAAUAUGAUGACGUACUGCCAGAUAUGAACAGCUCAGGAGACUCCGGCAACGCAGAGACAGGAAGUGAAACCGGGAACAGCACAACGGAACCAGCUUCAUACUACAGUGAAAUGAUCUGUGAUCAGUCGGUGUCUGUGUAAUGUGGUGGACAAGGACUGACAUGUCAAAUUA